AUGAAGUCGCAGGACACGGAGGUUCACCCAGCCGAAGCAGAGGCCGCGCUGUCUUUACAAGAGGAGCUUGUGGCAGCGAUCCAUGGAGCGUUUGAAGUGGCCGUGGAGAUCGCAGUCCGAGAGGUGAAAAAGCUGCUGGCUCAGACAAAAGGAGACCACUGUGAAGCGAUGCGACGAGCGUCUGUCAAGCAAAGAGCCGAGGCUACCUGUCUGUUGGACUGCGCUCGCGCGGAGGAGGGAGGAGGUGGCACUCCUGCCCUCUCAAAGAAGCGGCCUUUUAAAAGCACGGAACGCACAGAUCAGCAGCCUCUCUGUGAUUUUAGCGCAACAAGCCCCGAGCCCACUGCGGGAAAUGUGCACAGCUGCGGCACCGUGGGCGGAGGUGAUGCACCUGCUGCUCGUCACGGCCGAGCGCAGCGGCACCCGGACCUCCAAGAAGAGUCGAGCGUGGAGGAACAGGGAUCAGUCACUACAGAUGGGACGCAGUAUGUCAGAGAUGCUGCUGCUUGUAUUCAGGAAACGCUUCAAGACAUUUCCAGUGUUUGUGAUGUGAAGGUAGAGAACAUUAGUCAACAAUGUCAAGACACAGCAGCUCAAGUCCAUCACUCACCACCACUUCUCAGCCCUGACAGCAAGUCCACGACAGAGUACGUUACAGUGAAACAGGAGAAGCCAGAAGAAGAAGAGGUCUGUUUAGAUUCCAUCAAAGUGGAGGACUUCACCCUGGACUGUAUGUCCAUAGCCCAGGCCAAAAUCCUUGAACAGUGGAAACCAAAUGUUCCGAGUACUCAGAGGCAUGACCCACACUCUGACAUGUCCUGCGCCAGGCUGGUACAAGCUUGUUCUUCAGACAUGGCUACAGGCCUUUCAGCACCAACUGAUCUGCCACCCCUCUCCUCGGACCUUCCUGUUGUCCCUCUAGUAGAUCCAGCUGCCAUGUCUGAAACCACUCCACAGGUCUACGGAGCCCACUUCCGGAUCAGGCGCACCAGCAACCACAACAUCCACAGCCAUUCCACUUGCAAGUCCUGUGGUCAAAGCUUCCCCCUUCCCAGCUUGUUGCGGCGGCACUAUGGUCAGUGCCAACAGGAGCACUCUCCGCAGCCUGUAGCAGGAAGCAAAAGGCCCAGGUCGCGGCUGUACCCCCCGGGCUGCAGCCCUUUCUGCUGUACAGUGUGUAACCGAGAGUUCAACCGCAUGGAGAACCUUAAAACACACCUUCGCAUCCACACAGGAGAGAGACCGUACACCUGCUCCGUGUGCUCAAAGUGCUUCCGUCACUCUGGGGCACUAACGAGGCACUUUCGCAUCCACACUGGAGAGAAACCUUACAUCUGCGGACAGUGUGGGAAGUCGUUCAGAAACUGCGGGGGACUCAAAUUCCACGAGCGCACACACACCAGGCAACUUAAUUAGAGUGAAGCUGAGGGAGUUAAAGUUGUCAAGACGUUUAGUGCUUUUAAGCAGGGUGUCAUAUAACUUUUUUGUCCACCUGGCAGACAUUUGCUUUACUAGAGAAAUUGAUACGAUUUUUUUGUUUGAUUUUCAUUAAACUAGCAGCAUCCGCUGGCAAUGAUUAGUACAACUACAUAUAUUUCAGUAUGUUUUUGUUGUUUAACGUAUCCACAGAAGGAUUAACUACUCUCAAAAACUAUAAUGCUGAACUUUUUGUGCACUAGUUUUAAAUAUAGCACACACAUAUAAAUGGGCCUUAAUAUUGUUAGACAAGGUAUUUCGGUAAAUUGUUGUCUUGUUUAUGUGCUAAAGUACCAAGAUAAAAUAUGUCAACGAUUUAGUCACAUAUGGAUGGUAUCACUGAAGUAUAAUAUUUGCUGUUAAGUUAAACAUGCUAAGUAGGGCAACAAUCAGACACAUACAGUGUUUUUUAAGAUAGAAUCAGUUGAAAGGUUUCCUUCUCUUGCGGCCUUUCUUUUUCGAAAUUUUGUUUAAUUUAAGUGCCCCCUAUACAAAUACACAAAUUACCCUAAGCACAAACACACGAUAUGUGCAGCAGUGUGUAGAAGAACAAACAUAUCUGUAAAGGGUCUGGGCUGAUGUGUGUUGCUAUAAAAGGCAAGCAACAAAGUUGAUGCUGAAUUGUUUAUUUUAAAAAUUGCUUUCCAACAAUGGCGGUGGUUAGUUGUAUCCCUAAAUAUCAAUGGUUGUCUGUUAGUUAAGACUUGGUAAAUAGAGAUUAUAGUUGUGUACUUUCCUUCCUGUCAACAGUUGCACAACACAUCUUUUACUGGCAUAUAGCAGAACUAACUUUCUAUAUGACUCAUGGUGCUCAGUGAGUGAUAAAUGCACUUCUCCAUUUGUAAUACAAAUCUCUAUUGUGACAUUACAAAUAGCUAAAAUAGUCUAAACUUUAAAAAGGCAAAUGUUGGACAUGUGAUGAAGCUAUUGAAUAAAAGUGUGAUUUAUAAAUAACUAAA